AUGGACUGCCAGAAGCCCUGGGGCUACCGAUGGCGGUCCUCCAAGUCCUUUAUGCUUUCCAUUGUAGUUCUGGCCUUAUUCGCUGAAACCUUUCUUUAUGGCUUUAUCGUCCCUAUCCUGGGCUACAUGCUGGAGGUCCGUCUGCAUGUCGACCCGUCGCAAACACAGAGUCUCACCUCGUCCCUCCUCGCUAUCCAUGGCUUCAUGACUUUGGUCGCGGCACCCAUUAUUGCCCAUUUUGCAGAUAAGACGCCAAAUAGGAGGGUGCCGCUAUUGAUAGCUUUGGCAGCAUGCGCCGUUGGGACGGCACUCGUUGCCUGUUCCCCUUCCGGCAGAAUCCUACAGGGAAUUGCCGGCUCUGCCACAUGGAUUGUUGGAUUCGCUACAAUGGUGGAUAAUGUUGGAAUGGACAACAUAGGGAAGACCAUGGGUCUCUCGAUGUCCUUUGUCAUGGCCGGCGUCAUAUUCGGACCGGUGAUUGCUGGCUCCCUGUUGGAACUUGUGGGAUACUGGGCUACUUGGUCCGUUCCUCUAAUCGUCAUUUUCCUCGAUAUUGUUGCCCGUCUGCUCAUGAUUGAAGUAAGAAAACAGCCUGAGGGACACCAUGACUCGGCACAGAAUCAUCAGACCGAUACCCUAGCUAAUGAAGAGACUUCCUUGCUUCAAUCACGCGGAAACAGCAACGAAGCAUCUGGUACCGAUGGAUCACCUAAGGCUGCUGCUGAAGAACCGGUAUCAUCCCAUAAUUUUUACGUCACGGCUCUGCGCGAUAUGCGAGUAGUGAUAGGCCUUUCGAGCGUCAUAUGCGCAUCUUCAGUCGUAGCUGGAUUUAACGCAACUCUUCCGCUUCAUCUAAGCAGGAUAUUCAACUGGGGCAGUUUGCCCGUUGGAAUGAUGUUCCUUGCCAUGCAGAUACCUAGCAUGCUCCUUGGUGCUCCGGUUGGCUGGCUCCGUGACCGGGUAGGGCUCAAAUUCCCUACGGCUAUAGGUUGGGCAUUUCUGGCUCCGCUGCUAUGGCUCAUGGGUGUUCCUGGGGACAGUAAUUUCCCCUGGGCCGGCGCCGAUAAUAAUGGCCCGGCCAUAUUUGUGUCUGCAAUCACAGGGGUCGGAAUUGUCUACACUUUGAUCCGCGGAGCUGGCGUUGUCCAGAUGACUAUUGCGGUGAAUGAGAUGCAGAUUAAAAAUCCGAAAAUAUUCGGGGAGCAUGGCGGUAACUCUAGAAUCUCCUCCAUGACAGAGGUAGCUUUCAGUCUUGGAUUGGUCAUCGGGCCUAUUCUGGCGGGCUCCUUGACCGAGUUGGUGGGCUACUACUACAUGAAUUUUGUAUUCUGUGAGUAUACCUUUGUCAAAUCCUUACUAUCCUCCCUACUAAUACCUCGGUAG